GUGUACCUUUUUACUUUAACCGCCACCCGCCAAUCGCCAUAUUUUCGGCGCCAUUAUCGUGAGUUUCGGCGGUGUUUUGUGGGAAUCUUCUCAAUACUCAGAAUUAAAAGCAAUACAUUGUGUUUACUUGGUUAGAAGCGUAGCGUCUUUGACCGGGCAUCACAUUUUUUGGUCUUAAUUUGCAAAAAUGGCUAAAAAGAAGGUCGAAGAGAGCGAAAGCGAAGAGGAAUACUCUGUUGAGAAGAUUAUUGACAGGAGGGUUGUUAAUGGCAAGGUAGAAUAUUUCCUCAAGUGGAAAGGUUAUUCAGAUGAAGACAACACCUGGGAGCCUGAAGACAACCUAGAUUGCCCCAACCUGAUAGCAGAGUUUGAAAAGUCCAGAAAAGCCAAGGCGAAGGGUUCUUCCAGUAGUAAGAGUAAAGGCAGAUCUAGAGUAAAUUCCACAUCUUCUGUUGAGUCUGAAUCCGAUAAAAAGAAAGACGAAAAGAAGAAAUCUAAGCGUUCAAAGUCGCCCGAUGGUGACGAUAAAUCCGACAAAAAAUCAAAAAGUCGCUCAAAGAAAAAAGCAGCCGAUUCCGACGAUUCGGACGACGAACCAAAAUCGAAAAAGGCCCGCAGGCAUUCGGGGUCCGAAGAUGAAAAAGAAAACUCAAAAAAAGACGCUGACUCAGAUAACGAAAAAAAUAAAUCCGAUUCUUCUGAUGCCGAGAGUGAGAAAACAAAAAAGAAAAAGAGGACAGAGCGAAAGAAAGACAAGUCUGAUUCAUCCGACGAGGAGGACGAAAAAUCCAAAAAGAAGUCCAGAAAGUCCGAUUCGAAGUCCGACAAGAACAAGGAUAAGGCUGGGAAGGGUAAACAAAAAGUUGGGUUUGAAAGGGGUUACCAAGCCGAAAAAAUUAUUGGAGCGUCGGACACUACAGGGCAACUAAUGUUCUUGAUGAAAUGGAAAGGAACGGAUGAAACCGAUUUAGUUCCGGCGAAAGAAGCCAACGUUAAAUGUCCGCAAAUUGUUAUACAGUUCUACGAAGAGCGUCUUGCCUGGCAUACUCCCGACGAGUCUUAAGACUUCUCAUAUGUAGUUUGAGGCAAGGUGCUUGCCCAAAUUUUAUUCUUAAGUUGAUUUUUUUAAUUUCUAUAGUACAUGUAUUAAUAUGCGAAGUAGCUAUUUUUUCUUAUAUCGUUCAUGUUUUGUAUGAAUCAAAAAUUAUGAAAGUUUGAAGUUAAAUGAUGUUCUCCCUUUUUGUAAUAAACCAUGAAACGCUUA